GCAUCUAUUGUUUAAUUGCUGUUGGAGAAUAUGAAACGAGUACAUUCUAAACUUCUAAUUCAAGACACUAAAUGAACUGGUCGUCAACGAUGACGAUUGUUUCAUCAUUACGCAAACGAUGUUACCUAAAUCUCCAACCCAACCACCUCAAGCUGUCUCUGGACCAGACUCUCCCCUGGGUGACUUAGUACAGCAUCACCGCACCCAGUGCGCAGAGGCGACUUCCUUCCAACCUCAGCCAUUCUGGAGCAUUUAUGCGCAGCGUUAAAGAUGUUGUAUCUCGCUCUUCUAACCAUAAGCUUAACGUUUAUAAAUGGCAUCCUCCUUCCUGAAUCGGCAAGGCACGUGGAUUCGGACAUCAACCAGCAUGUUGAGGAUAAGUUGGCCCAAGGACACACGCCAUUAAACUACAUGUUUGAGGAGGCAGAGGAACUGAUGGAGGACACGCAGCAUCAACUGGAGGACGCGGUGCACCAGACAGAAAAUGAUACUGCAAAGACCAGCUUGCAGCUCCAUAACCUUCCCUCAAAUUACCACAACGCAAGCUCCUCUGACAGUGUGGUUAGAAAUCAUUCCAUCCACACCACCACAGAGACAGUACACAAGGUGACAAACAACACAACUGGAGAGACCCACAUCACCAAAACCCCUAUCCAGUCCAGUGGCAAAGGAAAUAAUAUUAAUCAUGAAUGUGUUACUAAUGAGGACUGUGAGAAGGGGAAAUAUUGCAGGUAUGAGACACACCGAUCCAGCUGUCGAACCUGCAAACUCCUUGAUGUGCCCUGCAGUAAGGACGAGGAGUGCUGCACAGGACAGCUUUGUGUGUGGGGCCAGUGUAGCCAGAACACAACAAAGGGGGAAGCAGGCAGCACCUGCCAAUACCAGAAAGAAUGCAGACAUGACCUCUGCUGUGCUUUCCAUAAAGCCCUGCGUUUUGCUGUGUGCAUGGCCAAGCCCAUAGAGCGGGAGCGCUGCUAUGGCAUCUCCAACCACCUGAUGGAGCUGCUUUCCUGGGAUACAGAGGGCGAGAGUCCCAGGGAACACUGCCCCUGUGCUGGGGACCUGCAGUGCCUACAUCUUGGGCGAGGCUCCAUGUGUCUGAAAGAACAGAACUCCAGUGAAGAGGACCUAACAGACACACUUUAUUCAGAGAUCGACUAUAUUGUCUAGGUCGCCAUGCUGCUCAUAUUCAACAGGCUCUGAGGUAGGGAGGUCUCCAAUACAAUUGCCUCUUUGACAGAGGGGUCUCCAGUUAUUUCCACCAAGAACAUUAUUCCUCACAGUCGGAGUCCGAUUAUUGCAUCUAAAAGCUUAUCCUUAUCAUUGUAUUUGCUAUUUAUAACCCAAAGCUUUGAAUAUUGUGUAGUGCAUAACAAUACAAUUUGGAUGCAAUUUAGAUCUUUUGGAAACAUGUGCUUCCUAGACAUGCACACUAUUCGCAAAGGAAGUGAGCAGUACUCCGAGUUUGCUCCUAGUACUGCCAUAAUAUACUGAAAGCUUUUGCUUUGGAAACAUAACUUUCUCCUAACAUCCUUAAGGUUAAACAAUGCACUGUAUAAGGGAGGUAUAUAGCCUAGUCCUGGUUUGUUUUACAAUGUUUUAAAUAAUGCCAAAUUACAUUUUUGAAUGUUUAAAGCACAGGAAAUGUUGGGUCAGAUAACCUAAAUGAAACCCUGACAACAUGCAACUUGCACAACUCAUAAAUAAAAGGUUUCAAAAGUU